CCUGAUGCCGACUCACCGAGAUACUUUUUGUCGAAUCAGACCUUAUCCUCGAGGGCUCCGCCGUGCUCUCCGCGGCUUUGCCCUUCCCGUCAUCCCCGGGCCCGCCCUUCCCUUCCCCCCUUCAGCCUUCUCCUCUACCAACCUCCUUCUCCCCUUCCACUUCUUUCGUGCCAUCGCCUUGAGCGUGGGGCGAUGGGGAUCAUUUUCCGCUUCCAGCCCUCCCUCGUCGUCGGUACUAAGCUCCUACUCUUCAAGGGUGCUCGUCUCCUACACGGCGGACGAUAGCAGCCUCUUCGCUUCAUAUUCUAAUUUGGCACUAGAUUUGAUAAGAGGAAAGAGCAGGUUGAUGAUAAUGGAUUCAUCCCUGGAGGGGCAAUAUGCUCAUGAAGAAGAUCCUACAAAGCUAAUGGAACUUGUUUCAAAAUGUCUACCGUUCAAGGCAAGAGAUGUACAUAGUAAUUUAUAGUGUUUACAUCGUAUUGUUACAUAAUUUGUAGCCUAUGACAUUGAUAUUAUUUAUCUUUUUAGACAUUUGGAUUAUGAGUUUA